UAAAUAUAGUCCUCUAUAGAAGCCAGCCCACCAUACUUGAAAGAAAGUACUGCUGGAGACUGAAUAUUCAGCCCAUUGAAACAUGGCGGAUGAACUGAAGUUGUACGCAGCUUCAGGAAGCCCAUUCGUUUUCAGAGUGGAACUUGCUUUUAUUCUCAAGGGAGUCACCUACAAGACUGUCGAAGAAAAUAUCAAAAACAAGAGUGCUGACCUUCUCAAAUAUAAUCCUGUUUAUAAGCAAGUUCCGGUGCUUGUACACAAUGGGAAUCCGAUUCCAGAGUCUCUUGUUAUCAUUGAGUACAUCGACGAUGUCUGGAAAGGGUAUCCAAUCUUGCCACAGGAUCCUUACGAAAAGUCUGUUGUUCGAUUCUGGGCUAAAUUUAUAGAUUCUACGUGUAUUCUUGCGAUACUCAAGGUUUUUGGAAGCAAUGGAGCGGAGCAUGCGAUUGCAGAAGCGCAUAAGCAGUUGCAAGUAGUAGAAAAUAAACUCGCGGUUGAAGGUAACAAGUUCUUCGGAGGUGACAAUAUUAAUUUGAUUGAUAUUGCUGCCAGUUUCAUCGCGUAUUGGCUUGGAAUGCUCGAAGAAGGUACUGGAAUAAAGUUUGUCCCGAAAGACAAGUUUCCAAAAAUAACCGAAUGGGCUGAUAACUUUCUUAAAGUUGAAGUUGUGAAGGACGUCUUGCCUCCGAGAGUAAUACCUCCAAAGGCGCAACUGCUUGCAUUUUUCAAGCAGCGGUUUGGUGAUUCGUAAUGAGUAUGUGUGCUAAUGAAGAAGAAUAAGUUUUUGUGGUUAACAUCUGUUGCAGUGAGAAGUUGUUUGUGGUUGUAUGCUGAGUUGCUGACUUUGUAAGAGUUUGUUUAGAGUUUGACAAUAUGUUGAACAUUUGGUACAAGUGGUAUGCAAGUUUGACAAUAUGGCAUAAUGUUGUAGUCAAGGAAAUAAACAAUAUCCUUUUCAAGUCU